UUGUGCCAUCCGGGUCUCUCGGCCGCGCCAAGCCGCGCCGCCUCCAGUCGGGCCGAAGCUGCUUCCGAGCCGCGCGUCGUCGCAGCGGCCAGGACUCGGCGCCAUGGCGGCUAGUGAUACAGAACGAGAUGGAUUAGCGCCAGAAAAGACAUCACCAGAUACAGAGAAGAAAAAAGAGCAGUCAGAUGUAUCCGUUUCUCCUAGAGCCUCAAAACAUCAUUAUUCAAGGUCACGAUCAAGGUCAAGAGAAAGAAAACGAAAGUCAGACAAUGAAGGAAGAAAACACAGGAGCCGGAGCAGAAGCAAAGAGGCAAGAAGACAUGAAUCCAAAGAUAAAUCCUCUAAGAAACACAAGUCUGAGGAACAUAAUGACAAAGACCAUUCUUCUGAUAGAGGAAGAGAACGGCUGAAUUCUUCCGAAAAUGGUGAGGACAGACACAAACGGAAAGAGAGAAAGUCGUCAAGAGGCAGAAGUCACUCAAGAUCUAGGUCACGGGAGAGGCGUCAUCGUAGUAGAAGCAGGGAGAGGAAGAAGUCUCGGUCCAGAAGCAGAGACAGGAAGAAGUCUCGGUCCAGAAGCAGAGACAGGAAAAAGUCCCGGUCCAGAAGCAGGGACAGAAAACGGAGGGUCAGAUCGCGAUCCCGCUCUCGGUCAAGACACCGGCAUAGGAGUCGAAGCAGAAGUAGGACGAGGAGUAGAAGUCGAGAUAGAAAGAAGAGGAUCGAAAAACCAAGACGAUUUAGUAGAAGUUUAAGUCGAACUCCUAGUCCACCUCCUUUCAGAGGCAGAAACACAGCGAUGGAUGCACAGGAGGCUUUGGCUAGAAGGUUGUCUCGUGCAAAGAAGCUACAAGAACAGCGAGAAAAGGAAAUGGUUGAAAAACAAAAACAACAAGAAAUCGCUGCAGCCGCUGCAGCCACUGGAGGUUCUGUUCUCAAUGUCGCUGCCCUCUUGGCAUCAGGAACCCAAGUGACUCCUCAGAUUGCCAUGGCAGCACAAAUGGCAGCCCUGCAAGCCAAAGCUCUGGCAGAGACGGGCAUCGCGGUGCCCAGUUAUUAUAACCCAGCAGCUGUGAAUCCAAUGAAAUUUGCUGAACAAGAAAAGAAACGGAAAAUGCUUUGGCAAGGAAAGAAAGAAGGAGAUAAAUCCCAGUCUGCUGAAAUAUGGGAAAAGCUGAAUUUUGGAAACAAGGACCAAAAUGUCAAAUUCAGGAAACUGAAUGGUGUGAAAAGUGAAGAUGAAGCUGGAUGUAGCUCAGUUGAUGAAGAAAGUUACAAGACUCUAAAGCAACAGGAAGAAGUUUUUCGAAAUCUAGAUGCCCAGUACGAAAUGGCAAGAUCACAGACCCACACACAGCGAGGAAUGGGCUUGGGUUUCACAUCAUCAAUGCGUGAGAUGUGAUGCAGUGUGAAAGAUUUCUUCAGUUCGGAACUGUAGACUCCUGGUUCUGGUGUCAGGCCUUGUUCACCAAACAGCUAGCACUCUAGCUUGCAUGGGUUUGUUGGCAUUGACUUUAAUUUAUUGAAAAAUACAUUUUUUUUUUGUAAAUAUCAGAUCAGGAUACUGGUGUUAGUGUUGUAAUCAGGUUAAACCCACUUCCAUUAAACUU